AUAGAAAUUUCUCUAUUUGCAGGUGAAGCCUUCCGACCGAUAUUUACAGACCCCAUUGUGAACUUGACGGUUCCUGUGGGAAGAGACGCUACGUUCCAAUGUCUUGUGCAGCAUCUAGGGGGUUAUAGGGUAGGUUGGGUAAAGGUCGAUACUAAGGCGAUCCAAGCCAUCCACCAUAACGUUAUCACACAUAAUCCAAGAAUAUCAAUAUCCCAUAGCAAUCACGCUACUUGGAACCUUCAUAUCCGAGGUGUUCAGGAAGAAGAUGGUGGCGUUUACAUGUGUCAGAUUAAUACCGAUCCGAUGAAAAGUCAGAUUGGGAUUUUAAAAGUAGUAGUGUCUCCGGACUUUAUUCAUGAUGAAACUUCUGGAGACGUUAUUAUAAACGAAGGGACCUCUGCGUAUCUAAAGUGUAAGGCAAGCGGCCGUCCUGCGCCACGUAUAGAAUGGCGAAGAGAAGAUGGCACUGAGCUUAUCGUACGAAAUGCAACGUCACGAACGAGAGCUCGAACUUACGUAGGUCACAUACUGAACAUGACGAAAAUUUCACGUAGCGAGAUGGGCGUCUAUUUGUGCAUAGCAUCCAAUGGAAUACCACCCGCUAUUAGUAAGAGAAUUAACGUCAGUGUGACAUUUCCUCCCGUUAUUCAAGUGCCAAAUCAACUCCUUGCAGCACCAGAGAGAACCGCUGUCACUUUGGAAUGUAAUGUGCAAGCGUACCCGAGACCAAUUAACUACUGGCUCGGAACCGCAGGUGAGAUGCUGCUCUCGAACGACAAACGACGAAUUUAUGAAACAAUGGCCAUGCCGUACGAGGUCCAAAUGAGGUUAAUUAUCAACAGCUUUAACGAGGAAGACAAAGGAACGUAUCAAUGCGUCGCUAAGAACUCGCUGGGUGCGGUGCAUAGUAACAUCCGGUUAUAUGAAUAUGAGGACGAUGGUAGGGUAAAGAAAUAUGGUUUAGCUGAAAAUGAACAGAAAGGGCAACUAUCUAAUAGCGCUUCUGAGCAUGGGAGACGACCAUUGUUACAAAUAACAUUAAGAACUCCGCGGGCCACUUACCACACCUUUUCCGAAAAUCACAUACCCCAGGAACGAGUACCGAGUUGCACAGCGAUUAUGAUAGCAAUCACGACAAUUACAUUUCCGUUACUCGUUCUCAAUCUAUUUUUAAUAUGAUGACCAGUUUCUAAUUCACUUUUGUGUAGGGACAAUAAUGUUCUUUGUUUCUUUUUCACCCCAUGUUUGCUUUCCAGAUCUGACUCAAUAUAAAUAGGUGUUAAGAUGUCAACUAUGCAAAUUUAAGCGUCAACUGAAUUCAUUACGGCAUGUUUGUUAUAAAAGAAAGCCCGUUCAAUGUGUUGCCUUACCAAAUAAUUAUACCUAUUAGGUCACAGUAAACUAAAUGUAAGGCUAUGCUUUAGAUUGUUUAGAACUAAAUAUCUUUAUAGGUUACCUUUUAUGUAAGAUGUGUAUCUAAUGGUUGUUUGCUGCGCUCUAAUCGCAUAAAUAUAAACUAAUUUGUGUUUA